GAAAAAUCGGUCCACGAGUCGAUGUGGCCAGAUCCGGGGUUUCCGAAGCCGCGCGAGGGUCCUGACGAUGGCCGUGAAGGGGCACUGGCUCGAGCGCUGCGGCGGUGGGCGCUCCGUGCGCGCGGGCCACCGCUCCGCGCAUGCCGCCCCCGAGCGCGCGGACGAGGACCGCGCGGUGCGGCUUGCUGGCGCGGGCGGCCGCCGCGGCGGCCGCGGUGGUGGCCGGGGCGGCGGGUGCCCCCGAGGGCAGCUGCAGCGCGGAGGACAUCGCGGAGGACGUCAGUCCCGUCAGCCUCCUCCAGAGGGCGCGCGCGGGGGCUGCGCGCCUCGUGGACGGCGGGGAGGCCGGCGCAGACGGGCCGAGGCCGCGGUCGCGGAGGCGGGGCCGCCGCGGCGCCGUGACGGAGGAGCUGCUGCAGGACGCGGCGCGCGCGGUGGAGGCCGAGGCGAAGCGCGUGCACGGCGCGCUGAAGCACGUCGGCAACCUUCGCGGAUUGGACGGGCACGCCCUCGCGAGCAUGUGGUUCCAGGCAUUCACUUACACAGCGCAUUCCGCGCUGUCGCUCUUCCAGAGCGACGGCACCGUUUUCGUGAGCACUGGGGACAUCAAGCAGAUGUGGCUGCGGGACAGUUCCGUGCAGCUGGAGCCGUAUAUCCCUCUGGCGGCCAAGAGUUCCGCAGAGAGCCCCUUGCGGAGGGUGCUGGAGGGUGCCAUGCUAAGACAAGUUCGGUUCAUUCUGAGCGAUCCCUACGCAUCUGCGUUCUAUUCCACCCAUGGCAGCGGCUUUGAUGCGGGUCCCAACAAGCGGUCGUGCCCGCCAAGCGCGCGCUGCGAGGAAUGUUUCUGCAAGACCUGCGCACCCGAGUGCGGCGACUACACCUACCAGAAAGACUACGAGCUCGAUUCUCUCCUCUUCCCACUGAUGCUUCAUCACAGGUACUGGGCGGAGACUGGAUCCGACGCCCAUCUCGACGCGGAAUUCGCAGAUGCCCUGCGCGUCAUCCUCAGCCUGCUGCGGACCGAGCAGUGGCAUUUCUCCAAGUCCAAGUAUUCCUAUAAGCCGCUGCAGGGACGAUUCAAUGAGGGCAUAGGGCUGGUGUGGUCGUUUGCGCUGCCCAGCGACGACCAGGUGUUGGCUGGCUACAACAUCCCGCAGAACAUCAUGCUGGUGGUGGCUCUGCGCAGGGCCGCUGAGAUGGCGAAGGGACCGAUGCGGGAUGUCGUCCUCGCGGCAGAGCUGGAGAAAAUGGCUGGCAGCGUGGACCGGGCUGUUCGCAGGUACGGAGUCGUCCCGGCCAGCGGCGGCGACAAUAUCUAUGCGUUCCAGGUAGACGGUUGGGGCAACAGUACGACGAUGGACGACGCCAACAUGCCCAAUUUGCUUUGGUUGCCGUACUUGGGCUACGAGGACCCCGCGGGCCUCUACGAGGCGACCCGCAGAUUCGUCCUGAGCGGCGAGAACCGUAACUUCUUCUCCGGUAAGAGCUUCACUCUUGACGGCGAAAGGCAAAACGGUUUGUCGGGCUUGGGCUCCAGGCACGCAAGCCACGGCCUGCGGCUCGGGGCCCGUGGGCGAGAGUGUCACGACCACUGUAUCUGGCAUCUGGGGGUGAUCAUGCAGGGCAUGACCGCCACCAGUGAGGAAGAGCGGCGCACAUGCAUGGAGGAGAUUCUGUCCACGUCAUGCAGAACAAAUAAGCUGCACGAGGGCUUCUCCCCUACGGACGCCUGCGCCUACAACCGCGACGGCUUCGGGUGGGCCAACGCGCUCUUCUCGGACUGGGUGUUGCGCGAUUGGCUGGGCCCGGAUGCAAGCAGGGUGAGUUGAGAGCAUUUUCGGCCUGUCGGAUCAAGUAAGGCAGCAUCGUCCAGCGAUUGCGGGCUGUGGGGGGCAACACUAUUUGGACGGUCUUUGCAAGUUGCCGUCGAAACGACGGGCAGCACCAGCAUUGAAAGUCGCCUGGGUACAAAAAACAAGUGGUUUGUAACUCCUACUUGCGCACCUUGUGUGUACGCUCACAGAGCUCACGCGUGCAUGGCUGCGCUUCCACUGCAGUCGAUGUACC